GACAUAACUUCCUUCCCAUCACCACCAACAAUUUUUCUCUCUCUUAGGGUUUUCAUUUUCAAACAGACACCGUGAUCGGAAAUGGCGACAGAGGCUACUAACGGAGCGGCUGCCGGUGAGAAGAACGGAGCUGCGACGGAGAAGGCAGUGACGUUUUCGUCUUUGAAACCGCAGUUGUUCGUGGAGUCGGCGAAGGCGAGUGAUGCUGUUGCGUUCUACAAAGCUGCGUUUGGAGCCGAGGAGGUGAAUCGCGUCAGUCAUCCGAAGAGGAAGGCUGAUCAGGAGCUUCCGCUUCUUCUCUCGGCUGAGAUCAAGCUCGGUUCCUCUAGUAUUCUCAUUUCCGACCUCUCUGAUGAUUCUACUGCUCUGGUGAAAACAGUGGGGACUGGGCUUGUGUUCUGUCUAGAGACUGAAGACAUUGAAGCUGCAAUUGACAAGGCAGUAAAGGCUGGUGCGGUUGCAGAAGGUGAAAUAACCGAAGGUGAAGGCGCGUGCUGUGGUGGGCGCGUGGGAAAGGUGAAGGACCCUUAUGGUAUCGUCUGGCUCAUCUGCACUCCUGCUAAAAAGUGUGCUAACGUGGAAGCAUAGGGAACGUCCGAUCAUCAUCUUCAUCAUCAAGCAUCGCUUUUCUCUUCGUCCUUGAUGGGGUUUUCUUUUUUAUUAGUAAGCUUUUUAAUUCGAUGAACACUGCAUGUUUACAAACUCUAGUUGCAGUAAAUGGAUAGGGAUUAUUAGAAGUGGGUGUUAAUUGGUAUUUUGAGAUCUGGAUUAUGCUUCUUUCUUUAUGGACAAAUGGCAAUCUUUAUCUACUAGUUACGUUUUAUCUA